AUGUUCACCUACGCCACCACGCCAUCUGUGUUUUCCUCGGCUCUGCUUCGAACGUUCCCGACAAUCCACCCCAGCCUCGCAGCGGCCGCGCCGCUGCGUGCCUCGCCCUUCUCGUCUCUCUCUCGCGCUCGCGCUCUCUCUCCCCUCCCUGCCUCCGCCCCCGGUCCUGUCGCCUUCUGUUCCUCGCCUGUCUGUCCGCGCGCGUCGCCUCUCUCUGUCUCGAUGAACUCGGCUCUCUCUUCUCUCCCGUCGCCGCGUUCGGCUACCGAAGCGCAAACGCAGGACGUUCCACAGCCUGGAUGCUCCGCUAGCUCGACGCUUCCUUCGAACUGCUUGCCGCCGCAACCCCCCCAGAGCGCGAGAAGAAGGAUCUUCCACUUUUUCCCCUCAAACCGGCGAUGGGCGUCUUCCCGGGGCUCUUCUCUCGGCCACGCAGGCCAGGCGCCUGAGACGGCGCAGCAAGACGCCGCAAAUGGGGAAGGCUCUGGAAGAGUGUACAGACGCCUCGUCUCCGGGACAGAAGGCGAGAAGGAUUUCCGAGUUGUUCUUUCCAGCGGAGAGUCGGGGAAACCCCUCUCGCCUUGGCACGAUGUGCCGCUCUUCGCGAGUGGACAUCCAGAACAUCCAGAUUCCCAGACCACAGAGAAGAACGCGACAGGGCCCGUCCUGUUCAACAUGGUAGUUGAAAUUCCGAAAAACACCCGAAAAAAAAUGGAAAUCCAACUUGACGUCCCCUUCACUCCAAUCAUGCAAGACCUUCGGAAGGACGGUACGGAAAAAGGACGAGUUAAAUGGGAAGUUUUCGAGUCGUCGCCUGAUACACCUCCAGCAACAAACGCGCGCGAUGGCUUCGCACAAACACCCCCAGGCGCUCGAAUCAACCCCAAUAGAGCGGUCAUAAAUGUUCUUACCACACAUUUGGUCGCCUUUCUCCUUCAUCUCGGCUCCGACUUGCCUCGCCCGCUUGCUGUCGGUCGCUUGUUUUCGCUUGUUUCGCCUCUGCUUCUUUACCUUUUUUCCGUGCUGCGUGUUUGCCUUCAGAUUCUAGGCGCCCUCGCGAUGAUCGACGGCGGAGAGCUGGACUGGAAGGUUUUGGCGAUUCGGGAAGGCGAUGCGUUGUUUGCGCAGCUGAAUUCCAUCGAGGACGUGGAGCGUCUGUGUCGUGGCGUGGUCCCCGGAAUUCGCGAGUGGUUUCGAUGGUACAAACUGCCGACCGACAACGUUGUCAAUCAAUUCGGCCAUGACGAGGCGGCGCUGCCGGCACCUGAAGCCGUUCGCGUCGUUCUCAAGGCUCACGAGCACUACCUCCGUCUUCUGCGCGAAGAGCACGAGGGCCAGGGCGAAGAAGCGGAAGGCGAAGAACGUGCUGGAAAAGACGAGAACGGCGGCGCGCGAGGACGGCGAGUGGCUGUUCACGUAGUCGACAGAACGGCUGCAACGAACGGAGAUAAACCGAGCGGGACACACACGAAGAAGCUGGAGACGGAAGACGUGAAAAAACAAAAGUUGUGGCUGCCGCAGUGA